AUGAGUGAGCGAGGUGCCCAAGGUUCAUCCAAUGCCGCUGCAGCCGCGAGCAUCCACUCGUUAUCGCAGCUUCCUUUCAUCCGCCUCGCCGGCCGCGGCACCACCCCCAACCCAGCGCCCAUUCGGCUGUUCGGGUUCGACGUCCCACCCGGCGCUGCCACGGUCGUCUCCCCCUCCGUGGCCAAAGACGCCGGCGCCAAAGAUACCACCACCACAGCCGCAGAGGCGGCAAACCAAAUGGCCCCGGGUCCGGGCGCAAGUGGCGGCGGCGGCGGCGGAGACGGCCGGAGGUUCGAGUGCCGCUACUGCUGCCGGAACUUCCGGACGUCGCAGGCGCUGGGCGGGCACCAGAACGCGCACAAGCAGGAGCGGCAGUUCGCGAAGCGGGCGCGCUUCCAGACGGCCAUGGCCAUGCGCCACGGCAAGUACUACCACCCGCUCCCGCUGGACCCCGCUCGCCUCCACCCGAGCUACGCCGGCUUGCCGCCGCCGCACUACCCCACGUGGACCGCAGGUGCCGCAUAUUACAUCACGCCAGGGACGAUCCCGCACCAGAUCAUUGGCAGCCAGGCGAUGCCCAAACUCUGGCAGCCCCGUGCCGGCGGCUCCGCCGCCCUUGGUGCGGCGACGACGGUGGUGGCCACGCGGCGUCAAGAUCGGCCUCUGUCUUUGCUCGGGCGACAGCAGGCAGUGGCGGCGGCGGGAGGUGCCGGCUCGGCAACGGUCUCCCAGUCGACCUUCUCAUCAUCAUGGUCCACUUCGCCGCAGGAGCGCCCCAGCCUACCGGAGCUAAAGCAGAAUGUGAGUUUGGAUCUAAGUUUGUAG